AUGGCUGGGGGUGAAGAAGGUCCAGCUGGUGGCUCAGUGUCCGAGCCUCUGGAUCUCGUGCGCCUACUCCUAGAUGAGGUAGUAUUCGUCAAGUUACGAGGUGAUCGAGAAUUAAAAGGCCGCCUUCAUGCAUAUGACAGCCAUAUGAACCUAGUCCUUGGCGAUGUUGUCGAGACUAUAUAUAUAGUGGACGAGGAUGACGAAGAAGAGGAAAUAAGAACAACAACCAAGAAGUCCGAAAUGCUGUUUGUGCGAGGAGACAGUGUUGUCCUAGUCUCUCCUCAGAAUUCGUCAUAA